AUGGCGGAAACAUAUUUAGUUAACACUACGACUGAAAUAUUGCAGAAAUUAAGUUCAAUUGCAUCUAAAGGGAAAAUUCUUCCACUGUCAGAUGUCAAGGAAGAUUUCAAAAGCAUAGAACGUAAGUUGUGUACAAUUCAAGCUCUAAUUUCCGAUGCUCUUCAUCGUCAAGACGAUAAAUUCCUAAUACUUUGGUUGGAAAAGAUCAAAUGUGUUGUGUGUGACACAACUGAUGUACUUGAUGAGUUCUUGUACGAAGCUCAUAGAUGUGAAAUUCAUUACUCUACUGGAAACAAGGUACAUGUCACCAAUUUCUUUGUAGCUUCAAAUUUGCUUCGUGUGUUUUCUGAUAAAACUUGUGGUAUUAAUCAAAGGCUAAUUGAUGUAUCAAAUGACGAUUCGGAUAUUGUUAUUGGUAGAGAAAGUGAUAGAUCUAAGGUUGUUGAGAUGUUGCUGAAGGUUAACUCCUUGGAUGAGAGGGUAUCUGUAAUUCCUAUUGUCGGUGGUGCAGGAAUCGGGAAGACUACAUUGGCUCGAUUAGUUUAUGAUGAUGAAUCUGUUAAACAGCAUUUCAAAUCGAGAAUGGUGGAUCUACUAAUCGGGGAACUUCAAGAAAAUUUGAGUGGGAAGAAAUAUUUGCUUGUUUUAGACGACGUGCAAGAUAAGGAUUUGGAGAAGCUUUUUGGUUUUGAAUCAGUUGGGAAAUUUCCAGCAUACAAAUUGCAGAAGCUGACGGAGGAUGAAUGUUGGUCUCUUUUCAAACAAAGGGCUUUCUGGAGUGCUGUUGGAGAAAAAGAGAUCCCAAAUUUGGUUGGGAUAGGGAAGGAUAUUGCGAGGAAGUGUGAUGGAUCUCCAAUGGCGGCAAAAACUUUGGGAGGUUUGAUGCACUCUAAGAAGGAAGAGCAUGAAUGGUUCUGUCAGAGAUAG